UCUACAUUUUUAACAUUUAAUAAAUAUAUAUGUAAGCUAAGGGGGCCCCAGAUAGUUCGGAAGUCGCAUUGGAAAGCUAUAUUUAAUAUUGGUUGGAAAGCAUUUCGUUUAUCCAAACACCUCUACCCUGAGGUGCCACAAACUGAAACAAGGAAUUAUUAUAUCACUACUGGACAGAAUCUAGAUAAUCUGCAAAAUGGCAAAAAAUUCCCCCUUUGUUCUAUUGUGCAGUGUUCCUGUUUGUUAGUGCCCCAAUAAGAAUAGAAUAGAAUAGAAUAGAAUAGAAUAGAAUAGAAUAGAAUAACAGAGUUGGAAGGGACCUUGGAGAUCUUCUAGUCCAACCCCCUGCUUAGGCAGGAAACCCUACACCACUUCAGAUAAAUGGUUAUCCAACAUCAUCUUAAAAAUUUUCAGUGUUGGAGCAUUCAUAAAAGUGAAUAAAGUGUCAUCAAAGUUACCCCAAAGCACUGGAAGUGGCAUCUACUAUACAGGAAAGUGCAUCUUUGGCAUUUUUAAAUACUUUAGCUUGGUUAAUGGCAUAUUUGCCCCAAAGGGUAAUCUUCGCUAUUUACACACUAUUUUCUAAACUAACUGAUAAGAGAAAAUAGCUUCUGCUUUAUGUACUGCAUAGAGCCAUAUUAGACUAAAGCAGCUUAUACAUCUUGUAGAUAUAUAAAACUUAGAAAUUCAAUUUCUUUCCUAGAAAUUUAUUUCUAUUUUGUGUUUUAUCAGAGAUUUAUUGGAUAUUCCUUUCCCAUAGAGGAAGGUGUAUGUGUGUCAAGUUAAAAAGUUAAAAUGGUCAUAUCAAUAAAUUAACUGAAAACAAACUUAGUGAUUACGGAAUAUUUUAAGAAAUAAGCUAAAUAUUCAAAUACUUUACAUCCAAGAAGAGGCACAAACAUCAGCUUUUUGUAAAUUGGUCUGGAGGGUUGAAUAUCCUCCAAAUUAGAUAGAGACACAUAAAUUGAACAAAAUCAGAGUACAUUGCAUGAAUGGCUUAUAUAACAUCAAAAAUAAUUUUAUAAAGUUAAUUUUGCCUAUUUUAGUUACUUUUCAAAUAUCCAUGUUUGGGACGCUUAGUAAAUCAAAUGACCCUGGAUUAAAUAAACACUAUUAUAAAGACAUUGCCUUGGUUAAACAUGAAGUGUUAAAGUAUAGUGACCAGGCGUCCCGCUUUUGGCAGGACAGUCCCGCUUUUUAAUAAUUUGUCCUGCGUCCCGCGGCAAUUCCAAAAAGUCCCGAUUUUUUUUUGUUUCACUCCCAUUCUGAAAAUGGGAGGCGGCAACGCAAGAGGAGGAGGCGGAGAAGGGGGAGUGGCGGAGAAGAGAGCGCGAGAGGGAGGAGAGACGCCGCUUAACUUCACCCGAGAGGAAGAGAAGACCCAAGAGGAGAGCCGAGCCUGCCUGGAAGAGUGGAGAAGCAGCAGCCGCUCCUCCUCCUUCAGUCUGGAACAAAUUGAUAUAAAUAAACAUUCACCUGCUCACAGUAAUCUUUCACCAUGGGAAGAAUGGUUCCUUUGCAAAGAGAGAGAACUACGUGCUCGUUUACAAGCAAAAGCUUUGGAGGAAAUGAAUCAGCAAAUAGAGGAAACAAAGGAAAAACAAGAACGAGAAAGAAAAAAAUUAAUUGCUGAAGAGAAACACAAAGAGUGGGUCCAGAAAAAAAAUGAAGAGGUGAAAAGGGAAAGAAAAGAAAGACAACGUAAGCUCAAAAAAGAAAUGAGAGAAAAGGAAAUAAAAGAGUUUGAGGAAAAAGAGUCAAAGGAAAAAGCGAAAGAAAUGUAUAAGGAAUGGCUGAAGAAAAAGAACUCUGAAGAUCUUCAAAAAAAGAAAGAUGACAAAGAAAAGGAAAAGCUACGGGAAGCUGAAUUACAAGAGAAAAAAGAAAAAUCAGAAAGGAUGUUCAAAGAAUGGCUGCAGAAUUCUAAAAACAAGCCCCGCCCAGCUUCUGCUGGCUAUGCCUAUGUCAAUGGGAAACUUGCAACAUACCCAGAUGGAAAUGCCUAUCCAGCUCCAGCCUUUUACAACCCCAUACCUUGGAAACCAAUCCCUGCGCCUCCUCCUAAGGAAGAGAAGUAUGUUUCAGUGAAGAAAAAUAAGAGGCCUCUAUCCAGUCACACCCAUAGAUCUUCAUCAGUGCUUUUUCAAAAAUCCAGGAGUAAUAUUUAUCUUGGAUCAUUACACAGACUUCAUAAAUAGCAUAGGGGUUUUGUACAUAAUAUUAGUGAAGUUUAAAGUGUUAUAUUAGGUGUGACAUGUAAACAUCUAUGAUUUCUUGGCUUUUGAUACUGUUUCAUUUUUUAUUGUUAAAAUAAAGCACCUAGUAGAAAAAUAAAUGAUAAUAUUUUCAUUUUAUAUAGGAUCUCUUGUGAGCCAUAUCUUUGUGUUAAAUACUUAAAGUAUUAUAGUUACAUAUGCAACUUCUAUUGCUUUUGUGCUUUUUUUGAGCUAGCUAAUAUUACGAGAUCACCACAAUACAGUGGAAAAAUAAAUCAAAGUUGUGACUGCAAGCUAAAAUUAAGGUUUUGGAUUUUAAUCCAUUUGGGCCUAUAAAGUCAAUUAACUGAAUUGGGUUUUAUCUAACUAUGCUUGUUAAAUUGACUUGCAGUGUGGAGUUGAACAUUUUAAUACCCUAUUUAUUGAUUUGUGAAAUGCAUCCCUUUAAUAUGAAAAUUGAUAUAUGCUAUAUUUGUAGUAUAUUUUCUCUUCAUCUUAGUUUUUCUGAUAAUGCUAUUCGUUUGUGGUAGCUAAAUGUAUAAAUAAUAUUUAUUUUAAAUCUUAAACUAGCAGAAAAAAUAGGAUUUUUAUACAGUAUAUAGUGCACCAGCCAGUAAAUACAGUUUGUAAUUUCUAAAGAAAUUGUUGCAUUUUAUGUUUUAAAAACAAUUGUUUAAGGAAUAAAACAAAUUGUUACAAGACUAAUGAUUUUCAUUAAUGGUUUAUAGAAUAUAAUACACAUUAAAGCAUAAAGUUGUUGAUUAUACACAAGCAGUAACCAUAUUUUCAUAUAAGUUUAACAAAAUAAUGCACAACUAAAGUGUAUUCUGUUACAAUACACUUACCUGUACUAAAGAGAAGAAACUGUGGUUUGGUCAUAAUUCAAAAACAAGGGCUGUUUACAGAGGUGGGUUCUACUAACCUUUAC